AAACGUGGAGUUGUGCUCCCUGGCUUUGUGUACAAAUGUCUUAAAACGCUGUGGUGCUGGUUUAUCGUUAAAUGUUUGAGACCGUGUAGCUAGGAGGUGAAAUGUAGCCGCUAGCAUCGCGUCAGGUCGCCUCGUCUUAACAGCAGCGUCAAAAUGCGUCACACAGACCGGUUCGGAUUCGGUUCUGGACGUUGGUGAAGAUGCGCAAAGACGUGCGGAUUUUAUUAGUGGGAGAGCCCAAGGUGGGGAAGACGUCUCUCAUCAUGUCUCUUGUCAGUGAGGAGUUCCCAGAGGUGGUUCCUUACCGAGCUGAGGAGAUCACCAUACCUGCAGAUGUCACACCAGAGAGAGUACCCACACACAUUGUGGACUAUUCAGAGGCAGAACAGACAGAUGAGCAACUGUUUCAGGAGAUUUCCAAGGCAAACGUGAUUUGCAUUGUCUAUGCAGUCAACAACAAGAGGUCUAUAGAAAAGGUGACGAGUCACUGGAUUCCUCUCAUUAUCGAGAACACGGACAAGGACAGCAGGGUUCCUCUUAUCCUGGUGGGAAACAAGUCAGAUCUGGUGGAACACAGCAGUAUGGAGACCAUUCUGCCCAUCAUGAACCAGUACAGUGAGAUCGAGACUUGUGUUGAGUGCUCAGCAAAGAACCUGAAGAACAUUUCAGAACUCUUCUACUAUGCUCAGAAGGCAGUUCUUCAUCCCACGAGUCCCCUCUACUGUCCAGAGAAAAAAGAUAUGAAGCCACUUUGUAUAAAAGCACUGACUCGAAUCUUCAAAGUAUCUGAUCUGGACAAUGAUGGUAUUCUCAGUGAUAAUGAGCUAAACUUCUUUCAGCGGACGUGCUUCAACAGUCCGCUGGAGCCUCCGGCGUUGGAGGAUGUGAAAAAUGUGGUGAGGAAAAAUUUGAUUGAUGGCGUAUGUGACAGCGGCCUCACUCUAAAAGGCUUCCUGUUCCUGCACACCCUGUUCAUUCAGCGAGGUCGCCAUGAAACCACCUGGACCGUGCUGAGAAGGUUUGGGUAUGAUGAUGACCUGGAGCUCCACCAGGACUACCUAUUCCCUCCGUUAAAAGUUCCUCCAGAUUGCACUACGGAGCUCACCCACAAUGCCUACCUCUUCCUUCAGAGCAUCUUUGACAAACAUGACAAGGACCGGGACUGUGCCUUGUCACCAGAGGAGCUGAAGGACCUGUUUGAUGUUUUUCCCUACAUGCCUUGGGGCCCAGAUGUCAACAACACAGUGUGCACUAAUGAUGAAGGCUGGAUCACCUAUCAAGGCUAUCUGUCACAAUGGACGCUAACAACAUAUCUGGACGUUCAACGAUGCCUGGAGUAUUUGGGCUACCUUGGUUUUUCAAUAAUCUCUGAGCAGGAAUCCCAAGCAGCAGGAGUUACAGUAACCAGAGAUAAGAAGAUUGACUUGCAGAAGAAGCAGACCCAGCGUGGCGUCUUUCGCUGCAAUGUGUUUGGAGACAUCGGCAGUGGCAAGAGCGGCUUCCUCCAAGGCUUUCUGGGUAGAAAUCUCAUGCGUCAAAAACUGAUCAAAGAGGAGCACAGAUCCUACUAUGCCAUCAGCACAACUUACGUUUACGGCCAAGAGAAAUACCUUCUUCUCCAUGAAGUGUUCCCUGAUUUCGACUACCUGUCAGACGCUGAUCUGGCCUGCGACAUUGUUUGCCUGGUGUAUGACAUCAGCAACCCUCACUCCUUUGAGUACUGCGCCAAAGUCUUCAAGCAAUACUUCAUGGACAGCAAGAUUCCUUGUAUGAUGUUAGCAGCGAAGGCGGACCUGCCGGAGGUGAAACAGCUGUACGGCUGCAGUCCGCUGGAGUUCUGCAGGAGACACAAGAUGCCGCCUCCUCAGUCCUUCACCUGUAAUGUGGCAGCAGCACCCAGCAGGGACAUCUACACCAAACUCACCACUAUGGCCAUGUACCCCCACGCGCGGCUGCGCUGCAUGUGCACCUGUAACCGGUGCACCUUCUGCUUGUGUCAGAAUCUCCUCAACGCUGAGCUGCUGCAGACGGUCAGGGCCAAACUCUAUGCCGUCAUGCUCAGAAGACACGUGAUCCAAGCUGACCUGAAGAGUUCCAACUUCUGGCUGAGAGCGAGCAUCGGGGCCACAGUUUUUGCAGUGUUGGGGUUUGCUAUGUACAGAGUCCUACUCAAAGCACGGUGAUCCUGGGGCACCGUUACCCAUGGUGCAUUUAGAGCAGCAGUAGACUUUCCAACAUGCUUAGAGAGAGACAGAAAAAGGAAGGUUACCCAUUCUUCUUUUCUUUAAGAUGUAUUUUUUUGAUUUUCAGAUGGAGGAAAUAAUGCACAUGCUGGUACUUUUCACCCCCUGUCCAAGUUACAUUACAAUGUAAUGUUUUUCUUCUUAAGGUCAAAAGUGAAAGAUAUUUAAUUUUGUACAAAGAUUCCUAACUUGGUUACUCUGUGCGAGUAUUUGCAAAGUAAGUAUAUUUAUAUUGAACUUGCUGAAGCCAUGAAUUGUAUUUAUAUAAAGUUCUGUGCAAAGGUUUUAAGCACAAUAGAGUUUUUUUUUUUUCUUGUCCAUGUUGUCCUCUUCCAGCAAAAAUGCAAUUUUUAAUUUCCACCAAAUUUUUUUCACAACAUAAUCUUUUUUCCAUAUCAAAAACAUUGGCAUCAUGUAUUGUGCAUUGCUUAGAAAAGUUUUUGCUUUUAAAAUUUAAUUAGAACCUAUUAAAUUGUCCAGCUGCAGUCCUGGUAAAAAAAAAAAAAGAAAAAAAAGUAAAGUCUUUUCUAAAUGCUACCCAGUUAUGUUGCAUAUAGAAAUUAUGUAGUUUUCACCUAAAUAAAAUAAUAUAUUUUUAAAGCUGAAAAGUUAUCACUAUUUAACACAUGUAUAAUAUUUAUAAAUAUUUGAUAUUUAGUAGGGUUUCACUUUCCAAAAGUUUUUAGUGUGAUAAAUGUGCCUAAAACAUUUGCACAGUACUCUGUAGUAUAAAACUGUUUGCUUAAACAUUGAAAUGAAUGAACUCGCGGUCAGUCAUAUGUACGGUGAUGUGUUCAGUAACAUUUAUGUUUUUAUGUCACAUAUGUUAAAGGAGGCCACUUGACCGAGCCACACCUGCUCCUAAUUUCCAGCAUGCAUGUGAUAAUGUGAUAAAAAGCCCAGAUGUUGAGCAUGUGGAAAAGAGAUUUGAAUUUUUUAAUUUAUUUAUUUAUUUUUUUUUUAAAAAAAGCAAAAUAUUUGCAUUUAGGAUUGAGCUGGUGUUUCAAACUUAUCCACAUUAUAUCCUAAUUACCCCUUAUCAUAUGCACUUUUAAUUUGGUGCGUUACAAGAUGAUGUUUUGUUUUUGAGUCGUAUUAACCUGGAGGGAACAGACCUGUUUACCUCCUCGUUCAUUCAUUCAUUGCGUUUAAUCGGGCACAUGCCUAGGAUAAUGUCUGAUUGACAUGUGAGGGGUUGAUGGUUUUACGGUCAGGUCAUGAACAAAUUUAAAAUUUGGACCUAGCUUUGAUUACUAUAAAUGCUUGAACUUUGAUUUUCUUUUUUUGGCAAGCUGCUUGGGCAUGGGCUUUAAAAAAACAAAUUGUUUGUCUGUGCAGGUCAGUGUGUGCUCGUGGAUGUGAAUGCAUGGAAGGGUCUUUGUGUACUUGUGACUUUACCUUUCAGCUAACAGGAGUUUGAAUGCUGCACUGUGGUGCAGUGGUUUGCAACAUACAGAUGUUUUCACCACAUUCUAAUGUUUUAAAAAUUGUUUUAAAAAUGUGCAUCCCAACGUCUUAGUAUUUCUUAAUGCAGGCAUGUUGUGUGUCGGGUCGUCGACGUGAGGUCAUGUGACCCUCGUGUUGGCACUUGAGCAGCUCUCCUGUUCACGCAGAAUGUGAUAACAUGACCCCAGAUGCUAAUUUUCUUACUUUUAACACCACCUGCAACAACAAUCCAUUUAAUGUGUUUACUCAGCUCUGCCCUGAUCAGUUUACAAUAAACAAAGGCAUCUGUUACAUCCACUGUGAUGUAUUAAUUAUUUCAGUCUAUGCGGCCUGCAGCCGAUAAUUAUGUGCCAGUUGCAGAAUAAAUAAAUAAAUAAAUGUGGGUGAAGGCAUUCAUACUCAUUCAUAUCAAACAUGAACCUUGUAUGGAAGAUGGACAACAAAGCUUCCAGGGAACUUCAACCAGGAAUUUUAAGGUGCAGGAUCCCUAAAGAAUGCACUGCGUUAAAAAAUAAAUAAAUAAA